ACGUCAGCUAUUAUGUCGAGUGAUUUGGAUAUCGCAAAGUGCUACAAGUUCGUGAAGGAACUCACACUACAAGCUGGUAAGAUAAUCAAGAGUGCUUUCGAGUCUGAAAAGAUUGUUGUAUAUAAGAAACAAGGAGACUGGGACUUAGUAACCGAUAUUGAUUACAAAAUUGAGAAAAUGUUUAUUGAUAGUUUGUCCACGGAAUUUCCAGAUCACAAAAUUAUCGCGGAGGAAACGGUAAAUACGAUGCAGGAAAUGCCGGAAUUGACGGAUGCGCCGACCUGGUUUCUCGAUCCGAUCGAUGGAACGGUCAAUUUUGUACACAGGUUUCCACAGAACUGCAUAUCCAUAGGUUUAACUGUCUGCAAAGAGCCCGUCCUAGGCAUCAUCUACAAUCCCGUAUUCUCGGAGCUGUAUACCGCGAUAAAAGGCCAGGGCGCGUUUCUAAAUGGAAAACGGAUUCACACUUCCAAAGUCACCGAAUUGAAGAAAGCGCUGCAAGUGAUCGAGCCAAAAAUUAUGCGAAGAGUAUAUAAAAAAAACAUCUUUCUCGGCAGGAUAGAUGCUGUAGUCGAGGCCACGAGAGCAACCAGAAGUAUGGGAUCGGCCGCAAUGAGUAUGGCGUACGUAGCGCGGGGUGCAAUAGAUUGUGUCCAAAUAGAUGGUCUGCAAUCCUGGGAUGUCGCGGCGGGAAUAGUUAUCGUUCGCGAAGCGGGUGGAACAGUUAUGGAGACAAAAAAUGGUGUCUACAACAUUAUGAAGCCGAAUACUAUUGCAGCGUCCAACGAAAUCUUGGCAUGUGAAAUGUCUAAAUUAAUCAUCGAAACUGACUUAAAUAUACAAAAACAACAGCUUGAGAAUCAGGCGCAAUGCAAAAAAAAGACGAAUCACGUUAAAUGAUUGAGAAGCUGAAUAUAAAGUAGGAGGCGUAUCCUCUCACGCGGGAGGGAAUGUAUCUAUCACGUAACACAAGGAAAUUAUUUAUGAAAACCAAUCUAAAGAGGUUUCCUACAAAAAGUCCUACUGACGCAUUGGCAGCGUGCAACAUAUCAAACCGAUUACUUUAACGUAAAAGAUGUGUUAUAUCGUCGCUAUAUUGCGCAAAGAAUAACAUAAUUUUUUCCAGUUUUCCUCUCGAUCGAGAGAUCUUUCUCUCGUCACUGUUUUAAAUACACCUUACAACAAUGAUAAAUUUAUCCAUCUGUCAAAAAUAUAUCAUCUUCAAAUAUAUUUCGCAACAAAACAAUACUUUUUUGCUCUCAACACAUAAUUUUUUUUUUUUUUUUCAAUAUAAUCUUAUAUAAAUUUAAAAAUUCACAAAUGUACAUUUACAUAAUUAGGCGGCAACCUUGAA